UAGCUGUGCCUCUGGGGAAUUGUGGCUGCCACAGGUGCAGGAGCAGUUCCUCUGACUGGCCUGAAGCAUACUGCCAGGGGCUGCCCACAGGGCCCGGCAGUGAGGGCCACUGGAGCCCAUCUCCGGCAGGGCUGGGCAGGAAGCAGGGUGAGGUGAGGUUUGGGUGGAAUCUGCCUGCUGCAACCCAGAUUAAUCCACCUACUGGAAGAAGAUGCCUGGGGGCACAGGAGUGUUCCGAGCUCUGCCGGCCACCAUCCUCCUCUUCUUGUUGUCUGCAGCCUGCUGGGGACCUGGGUGCCAGGCCACCCUGUGGGUGCACAGUGGCCUAACAUCAGUGACAGUGAGCCUUGGGGAGGACGCCCACUUCCAGUGCCUGAACAAUGGCACCAACCCCAACAUCACGUGGUGGCACAUCCUCCAGGGCAACUGUACUUGGACCCCAGUGUUACUGAGUCACACUGGUGACCAAAACGGCUCCUGGAUCAUCCCAAAGGUGAACAAGAGCCACAGGGGCAUAUACCGCUGCCGAGUGGAAGCUGGCGGGGCAUGGAAGCACUCCUGUGGCACCUACCUUCGAGUGCGUGAGCCACCUCCCAGACCCUUCCUGGAUAUGGAGGAGGGCACCAAGAAUCGCAUCAUCACAGCCGAGGGGAUCAUCCUGCUCUUCUGUGCCGUGGUGCCUGGGACUCUGCUGCUGUUCAGGAAGCGCUGGCAGAAUGAGAAGUUUGGAAUGGACCCCAGGGAUGACUGUGAAGAUGAAAACCUUUAUGAGGGCCUGAACCUCGAUGACUGCUCCAUGUACGAAGACAUCUCCCGGGGCCUCCAGGGCACCUACCAGGACGUGGGCAGCCUCCACAUUGGAGAUGUCCAGCUGGAGAAGCCCUGACCACCCCCCACACACACCUCGGGCUGCGCCUGCCUGCUGUGCACCCACCUCCAGGCUCUCCUCACUGACCAGGAACUCUCCCUCUCCUCCUCCCUGGGAGCUUCCUUCCCCCUGGAGUGUCCCAAUCCCCACCUAAAGCAGUCCUCCCCCUGUUGUCUUUCCCAGGCUCCCUCCCCAGUGGGUAAUGAGCCCUUAAUCGCUGCCUCUAGGGGAGCUGAUUGCAGCAGCCUCCUUCGUGUGUCACCCCCUCCCCCCAGAUCUGUCAUGGCCACUUAGUGAUAAUAAAUCCUUCCCGACUG